AUGUCUCGCGCGUCGUCAAUCGCCUCGUGCGCAUGUCGCCGCUCUCCCCGCCCGCCUCGCCCAACUGCCGCGAGCUCGCCCGCAUCCCCCCCAUCGCCCGCAGACUCCAUAUGCGUCGUUGCAGACUCUCCUGCCGCAAGCAACGACGAGGGCAUCGUCAACACUCCUACAGUGUUCACCCGCCGCGUGACACAGACCCUGGACGCGCUCGACCUUCCCCUGCUCUCGCCGCCGGAACUCCUCUGUCUUGCCUCUGCGCGCUCUGCGGGCACUUAUACCGCCACAAAGGACGUUUUGCUCGCCCUCCUCUGCCGCAGCUUCCGGCAUGCGUUGCGACUGACGCAGUACCCUUCAGGAGGACAUCCUCUAGCCGCUCCUGUCACCCAUGCUGACCCCCCACGGGUUCCGCCACGAGCGCUCCGCAACCUCGACGACGCUACGAGCGGCACGUACGCCUUCCAGCUCGUCCUCAAGUUUGCCUCUAAUUGGAACGCGAUCACCGGCUCCGGCAGCACGCGCUUCAAGCGUGACUUCAACCGCGCCAUGUUCUGUGAGCAGCCGCACGUUGCUCGCCAGCUUGAUGGCAAAAAUGCUGCUACCCGCGAUGCCCUCCUCGCCGGCCCCCUCAAGGUGGAACUCAAGCAGUUCAUUCGCCGCCUCCAGGACGUCAUCACCGCCCGCAACCGCCUCCUGGAGAUGUACAACCACUUUGGUGCCGUUGUCGUCGUCGACCUUGUCUGGGAUGUCGACCUCAUCCGCGGCUCCCCCGAAUUCCCGCGCGUCUUUCGCGCGGUCGCCAAGAGCCUCCGACUGCCCCACCGUCUCCCGGCCCUCCACGGGUCCGCUCGCCACGUCGUCCUUGCCAUACUGACCGUCCUCGGUGACCGCCACGACGUGCUCUAUGCCGACGCCUUUUUCGACGCGAACCAUCCCAGCCGUGUGCCCUGUGUCUAG